AUGCAAAAUGUCACUCACGAAAGUUAUUCGAUUGAGAAAUCAUCUCCAUUGGGAAAAUAUCAACGAGCUGCAAUCGCAGUUGAUAAUGAAAUUUGCUCGAAAAUUGGUCGAGAGAUCUUAGAAAAAAAUGGCACAACGGUCGAUGCUGCUUUAGCUGCUGCGAUUUGCAAUGGUGUAAUGAAUCAACAUUCAAUGGGUAUUGGAGGAGGAUGUGUGAUGGUGAUCUCUUCGAAGAAAAAAGGAAAAGUUUUUAGUAUUAUUGGAAGAGAAAAGGCUCCAUUAGCAUCAAAUGAAAAUCUGUUUAUUGGAAAAGAAAAUUUGUCUUCAAUUGGUGGAUUAUCAAUUGCUGUUCCAGGUGAAUUACGUGCUUAUCGAAAAGCAUACGAAGAAUUUGGUGGUGGAGUUUCGUGGAAAGAUCUUUUUCAACCAACAAUUCAAUUAUGUCGACAAGGUUUUCCAAUCAGUUCGGCUUUAGCACAAGCAAUUCAACAAAAUAAACAAUUGAUUCUUAAUGAUCCAAAUAUGAAAGAAUUAUUUGUUAAAGAUAAAAAUACAAAUGAAUUGUAUCAAUUCGGAGAUUCAAUUAAACAACUAAAAUUGGCAAAAACACUACAAAUCAUUGCUGAACAAGGUGAUGAUGUGUUUUAUCAUGGUGAACUUUCUCAGAAAAUUCUUCAAGAAAUUCAAGACGAAGGUGGAAUUAUAACAAAAGAAGAUCUUGAAACUUAUGACAUUGAUUAUCGUGAAGCACAUUGUAUUGAAUUCGAUGAUCGUAUUCGAGCAUUUACAACUCAUGCUCCAACUAGUGGACCAAUUUUAACAUUUAUUCUAAAUGUUUUACAAGGCUUUCAGUUUUCUGCAAACCAAUUAGAAGAAUCGACGAGUGCUGCGUUAUUUUAUCAUCGUCUUAUUGAAACAUUGAAAUUUGCUUAUGCGAAACGAAGCGAACUUUCCGAUCCACAAUUCAAUGAUAUCACACAAUUAAUUUCUGAUUUAACUUCGAAAGAACAUGCCGAAGAGAUUCGAAAACGAAUCGAUGAUGAUAAAACAUUUGACUGUGAAUAUUACGGUGGAAUAUGGUUUGACAAAAGUCGAACAGGAACAGCUCAUUUAUCAUUAGCUGGACCCGAUGGUGAUGCAAUUGCAUUGACAUCAACGAUUAACCAUUAUUUUGGUUCGAAAGUUCUCGGUAAACACACUGGAAUUUUCUAUAAUAAUCAAAUGGAUAGUUUUUCAACGAGAAAUACAUCAAAUCAAUUUGGAAUUCCAUCAAGUCCAGCGAAUUAUAUAUUUCCUGGAAAACGACCUGUGUCAUCAAUGUCACCAAUCAUUCUUUGGGAUAAAAUAAAAGAACAUUGGAUCCAAAUCUUAGGUGGAAGUGGAGGACCAAGAAUAACAACAAGUGUUGCACAAGUUUCUUUAAUUAAUUGGUUAUUUAAACAAAAUAUUAAAACAACAAUUGAUUCAUCACGAAUUCAUUCACAAUUAUUACCAAAUGAAAUUAUUGUCGAACAAGGUUUUGACGAAAAAAUAAUCAAUGAAUUGAGAAAACGUGGUCAUCAGAUUGUCUCUGUUGAUUCAAUUGGUUCAGCCGUUCAAGGAAUUGAAUGGAAAGAAGAAUUGAAUGAAUUUUGGGCAAAUUGUGAUCGACGGAAAGGUGGAAAACCUGAUGGAUUUUAA